AGCGGGAGCUGGGACCUGUAGGGCCUUGGUACCGGAAUCCCGGGGAGAGGGCUGCACUUUACCACGAUGUUCGGCUCCAGCCGGGGCGGCGUGCGCGGCGGGCAGGACCAGUUCAGCUGGGAGGAUGUGAAGACUGACAAGCAGAGGGAGAACUACCUGGGCAACUCGCUGAUGGCCCCGGUGGGCCGCUGGCAGAAGGGCCGUGACCUCACUUGGUACGCCAAGGGCCGGGCGAACAGCGCUGGGCUGAGCCGGGAGCAGGAAUUGGCGGCUGUGAGGCAGGCGGAACAGGAGGCGCUCAUGGCAGCGCUAGGCUACAAGAACGUAAAGAAGCAGCCCACCGGCCUGAGCAAGGAGGAUUUUGUCGAAGUUUGUAAGCGGGAAGGUGGUGACCCCGAGAAAGGAGUGGACCGGCUUCUGGGUCUGGGGAGCUCCAGUGGCUCUGUAGGGCGAGUGGCGCUGUCCCGGGAAGACAAAGAGGCCGCUAAGCUGGGGCUUUCGGUAUUCACGCACCACCGCGUGGAGAGCAGUCGGCCAGGGACCUCCUUGGCUUUGGCCAAGAAGAAGCCUCGGUCAGAGAAGGUGGAGCCGUCAGAGAAGGUGGAGCCGGGUCCUGAGAGCCACAGGAAGAGCAGGAAAGAGAAGAAAAAGAAGAGGCACAAGAAAGAGAAGAGAAAGAAAGAAAAGGAGCAUGGGAGAAGGCUGGGCUCCUCAGCGCCCCCUGCUCCCACCCAGCAUGACUCCGACUCUUCAACUUGCUGCAAGAAGCGCAGGCACGACAGCGACUGAGGCCCCGGGGUCUGGAGGACUGGCCUGUGGGGGUUACCCCAGGCUCCCACAGAGGCUUGCAAGUCCCUCGGUCACGUCCAACUCUUUGCGACCCCAUGGACUAUAGCCCGCCAGGCUCCUCUGUCCAUGGAAUUCUCCAGGCCAGAAUACUGGAGGCUCAGUUGUGGUCCAGUAUGGCUACUUCUAUUUUUCUUUGUAUUGACUCACUCUUUGUACUUAAAUAAACUUAUUUU